GACAUACAUAGAUAGAUAGAUAGAUAGAGAGAGAGAUAGAUAGAUAGAUAAAGAGAGAGAAGAAAGAAGGCUUGCAAAUGAAGGAUUGUGUUGUUUUGAAAGAGGAGCUGCGGAUCUAACUGUUGCACUUUGAACACACAGACAUGAACUACUGAAACCGCUACAAAAAGGAAAUCUGUGAAAAGUUUGAGGGAAGGAGCUCCGUCUCAUCCCUCCUCUUCAGAAGAAAGCUUUGAAACCAUGAUGUUUUCGUGGUUGCUGACAUAUUUCACUGCAUUUGUCAUUGGGAUGGUUUCCUCAUUCCCGAUGACCCCCACAGAACAACCUCCAGAAAUAAACGCCUUCCGUGUCAAGGACACGAGCUUAACACACUUGACCGUCCACCGCAAGACAGGUGAAGUGUUUGUGGGAGCCAUCAAUCGCAUCUACAAGCUCUCUGACAACCUGACCGAGCUACGUUCACACCAGACUGGUCCGAUAGAGGACAACGGCAAGUGCUACCCACCACCGAGUGUCCGGGCAUGCGCCCACAAGCUGGAACUUUCCGAUAACAUCAACAAGCUCCUGCUGAUAGACUAUACUAGCAAUCGGCUGGUAGCCUGUGGCACCAUCUGGCAGGGAGUGUGCCAAUUCCUGCGGCUGGGUGACUUGUUCAAGCUGGGUGAGCCUCACUUGCGCAAGGAGCAUUACCUUUCAGGAGCUCGGGAGGCGGAUGGCAUGGCCGGUGUAGUAGUGGGUGAUGAUGACGAUGAUCCAAAGAAGAAGAGAAAGAAGGGAGACGGACGCUUGUUCAUUGGGGCUGCCAUUGACGGCAAGUCUGAAUACUUUCCAACAUUGUCCAGCCGCAAACUUGUGGAGGAUGAGGAGAGUGCCGGCAUGUUCAGUUUGGUGUACCAGGAUGAAUUUGUCUCAUCGCAAAUCAAGAUUCCAUCAGACACACUGUCUCUCUAUCCUGCCUUUGACAUCUACUAUGUCUAUGGCUUUGCCAGUCGGACCUACAUCUACUUCCUGACUCUGCAGCUAGACACACAGCUCACACAAAUGGACGCCACUGGUGAGAAGUUCUUCACCUCCAAGAUUGUCCGCAUGUGCUCCAAUGACACAGAGUUCUACUCUUACGUCGAGUUCCCACUCGGCUGCACCAAAGACGGGGUGGAAUACCGCCUGGUCCAGGCUGCAUACAAGCACCGUCCGGGCAAGGCACUUGCUCAGGCUCUGGGGCUGUCCGAGGAUGAGGAUGUGCUCUUUGUGGUGUUCUCACAAGGCCAGAAGAACCGGGCAAAUCCACCCCGUGAGACCGUGCUGUGUCUGUUCACCCUUCAUCAGAUCAACCUGGCCAUGCGUGAGAGGAUCAAGUCUUGCUAUCGUGGAGAGGGAAGGCUCUCUCUGCCUUGGCUGCUCAAUAAGGAGCUCCCCUGCAUCAACACGCCGAAGCAGAUCGGUGAUGAUUUUUGUGGCCUGGUCCUGAACCAGCCUCUCGGAGGGCUGCGGGUCAUUGAGGGGUUGCCUCUGUACGACGAGCGGACGGACGGCAUGGCCUCAGUGGCUGCGUACACCUACGGAGAUCAUACGGUGGUGUUCGUGGGGACGCGUACGGGACAUCUUAAAAAGAUCCGAGUGGAUGGCAUUUCUCCACCUUCCCAGAAUGUGCUGCUGUAUGAGACGGUCACAGUGGUGGAGGGAAGCCCGAUCCUGCGCGACAUGGUGUUCAGUCCGGAUUAUCAGUACACCUACUUGCUGAGUGACAAACAGGUGACCCGUCUCCCAGUGGAGAGCUGUUCUCAGUACAGGAGCUGUAAGAGCUGUCUAGGCUCCGGAGAUCCUCACUGUGGCUGGUGUGUCCUUCACAACAAAUGCUCCAGGAAGGAAGCGUGUCAGAAAUGGGAGCUGCCGCAGCACUUCAGCACGGAGCUGAAACAGUGCGUCGACAUCACCGUCACCCCCGCAAACAUGUCCGUGACCUCGACCUCCACUCAGCUAAGUGUGAAGGUGGCGCAUGUGCCGAACCUCUCGGCAGGUGUGACAUGUGUGUUUGAGGACCUGAGCGAGAGCCCUGGAGAGGUGCUGCCUAAAGGACAGAUCCUGUGCAUGUCUCCGUCACUGCGAGAUGUCCCGACGCUCACACACGGAUACGGUGAUAAACGAGUGGUCAGGCUCUCGCUCAAGUCGAAAGAGACCGGGCUCAAAUUCAUCACGACGGAUUUCGUCUUCUAUAACUGCAGCGUCCUGCAAUCGUGUUCAUCAUGCGUAAGCAGCCCUUUCCCCUGCAACUGGUGUAAAUAUCGACACAUCUGCACCAACAACGUGGCCGAGUGCUCCUUCCAGGAGGGCCGAGUCAGCAGCGUCGAGGGUUGUCCUCAGAUCCUGCACAGCAGCGAUAUCCUGGUUCCGGCGGGCGUCGUUCGACCAAUCACACUGCGAGCUCGAAACCUUCCACAGCCCCAGUCGGGCCAAAAGAACUACGAGUGUGUGUUCAGCAUCCAGGGCAAAAUCCAACGCGUCCCAGCCGUGAGAUUCAACAGCUCCUGUAUACAGUGCCAGAACACAUCGUACUGGUAUGAAGGUAAUGAGAUGGGGGACCUGCCUGUGGAUUUCUCCAUCGUCUGGGACGGAGACUUUCCCAUCGACAAGCCCUCUGCUCUGAAAGCUCUCCUGUAUAAGUGUGAGGCUCAGAGGGACAGCUGUGGUCUGUGUCUGAAGGCGAACAGCCUGUUCGAAUGCGGCUGGUGUUUGGCAGAUAAGCGCUGUCUCCUGAAGCAGCACUGCCCUUCGGCCGAACACAACUGGAUGCACCAGGGCCGCCGCAACGUGCGCUGCAGUCAUCCCCGCAUCGCCAAGAUCCAGCCCUUGACCGGUCCUAAAGAAGGGGGCACGCGGGUGACGAUCGAGGGUGAGAACCUGGGGCUGCAGGUGAGAGAGAUCACACACGUGCGUGUGGCCGGCGUGCGCUGUAACGCUGUGGCGCAGGAAUACAUCAGCGCUGAGAGGAUCGUGUGUGACAUGGAGGAGUCUCUCAUGGCGAGUCCCCCGGGCGGUCCAGUGGAGCUGUGUAUUGGAGACUGUAGUGCUGAUUAUCGCACUCAGUCAUCUCAGACGUAUGCGUUUGUGACGCCCAGUUUCAGUCGUGUGCAGCCGGAUAAAGGGCCCGUGUCAGGAGGGACCAGGCUGACCAUCUCCGGCCAACAUCUGGACGCAGGAAGCGCCGUCACUGUGUUCCUGGCUCAGGAGACGUGCAUGUUUGUCAGGAGGACGAUGCAGGAGAUCGUGUGUGUGACCCCGGCCUCUGCAUCAGGCCCAGGAGCCUCAUCCAUAAAGCUGUUCAUAGAUAAAGCUGAAAUCAGUAGCGACCUGCGUUACAUCUACACCGAUGAUCCCAGCGUCGUCAGCAUCGAACCGAACUGGAGUAUCAUAAACGGCAGCACGUCUCUGACCGUGACAGGAACACACCUGCUCACCAUCCAGGAGCCCAAAGUCAGGGCCAAAUACGGCGGAGUGGAGACCACGAAUGUGUGUACGGUGGUAAACGACUCCACCAUGACCUGCCUCGCUCCUCCUAUUGUCUACACGAAGCGCCAAGCGCCCGAGAGCGGCCUUCACCCGGACGAGUUCGGCUUCAUCCUGGACCAUGUGUCCUCCGUCCUCGUCCUCAACGGCACUCCUUUUACAUAUUAUCCCAACCCGACCUUUGACUCGCUUGGAAAUGCUGGGAUACUGGAAGUCAAGCCUGGAUCUCCUAUAAUCCUCAAGGGUAAAAACCUGAUUCCUCCUGCCCCUGGGAACGCCCGCCUGAAUUACUCUGUGAUGAUUGGAGAAACCCCGUGUCUGUUAACCGUGUCAGAGUCACAGUUGCUCUGUGAUUCGCCAGACCUCACGGGAGAGCAGCGCGUUUUGAUUUUGGUUGGUGGGUUAGAGUACUCCCCCGGCACUCUCCACAUCUACUCAGACAGCACGCUGACGCUUCCCGCUAUCAUCGGGAUCGGAGCAGGCGGAGGCGUCCUCCUUAUAGCCAUCAUCGCCGUCCUCAUCGCCUACAAAAGGAAGACCAGGGACGCGGACCGCACACUCAAACGCCUACAGCUCCAGAUGGACAACCUGGAGUCCCGGGUAGCGCUGGAGUGCAAGGAAGCAUUCGCCGAACUGCAGACAGACAUCCAAGAGCUGACCAAUGACAUGGAUGGUGUGAAGAUCCCGUUCCUGGAGUACCGUACCUACACUAUGAGAGUGAUGUUCCCUGGCAUUGAGGAGCACCCGGUUCUAAAGGAGCUCGACUCUCCAGCGAAUGUGGAGAAGGCCUUACGACUCUUCAGCCAGCUGCUCCACAACAAGAUGUUCCUGUUGAUGUUCAUCCACACCCUGGAGGCUCAGAGAUCUUUCUCCAUGCGCGACCGAGGCAACGUGGCGUCUCUUCUCAUGGCAGCUCUGCAGGGUAGGAUGGAGUACGCCACCGUGGUGCUCAAGCAGCUUCUGGCUGACCUCAUCGAGAAGAACCUGGAGAACCGUAACCAUCCCAAGCUGCUUCUGCGAAGAACGGAAUCUGUAGCUGAGAAGAUGCUCACCAACUGGUUCACAUUCCUUCUGCAUCGUUUCCUCAAGGAAUGUGCAGGAGAGCCUCUCUUCAUGCUGUACUGCGCUAUAAAGCAGCAGAUGGAGAAAGGGCCGAUCGACGCCAUCACCGGAGAGGCGCGCUACUCCCUCAGUGAGGACAAACUCAUCCGACAGCAGAUCGACUACAAGCAGCUGACUCUGAUGUGUAUUCCUCCAGAGGGAGACGCAGGUACAGAGGUCCCGGUGAAGGUGCUGAACUGUGACACAGUGACUCAGGUGAAAGAUAAGCUGCUGGAUGCGGUGUAUAAAGGGAUCCCGUACUCACAGAGACCACAGGCUGAUGACAUGGACCUCGAAUGGAGACAGGGCCGUCUCACCAGAAUCAUCCUUCAAGAUGAAGACGUCACCACGAAGAUCGAGAGUGACUGGAAGAGACUGAACACGCUGGCGCAUUACCAGGUGACAGAUGGCUCAGUGGUGGCUCUGGUUCAAAAGCAAGUGUCUGCGUACAACAUCGCCAACUCAUUCACAUUUACGCGCUCACUCAGUCGAUACGAGAGCUUGCUCAGGACUUCGAGCAGUCCGGACAGCCUGCGCUCUCGAGCACCAAUGAUCACCCCUGACCAGGAGACUGGCACCAAACUGUGGCACCUGGUGAAAAAUCAUGAGCACGCAGACCAGCGUGAAGGAGACCGCAGCAGCAAGAUGGUGUCUGAGAUUUACCUCACACGCCUUCUGGCCACGAAGGGCACACUGCAGAAGUUCGUGGAUGAUUUGUUUGAGACGGUGUUCAGUACGGCUCACCGCGGCAGCGCCCUCCCUCUGGCCAUCAAGUACAUGUUCGACUUUCUGGAUGAGCAGGCGGACAAGAGACAGAUCAGUGACCCAGAUGUGCGUCACACCUGGAAGAGCAACUGCUUGCCUUUACGGUUCUGGGUGAACGUGAUCAAGAAUCCACAAUUUGUAUUCGAUAUCCAUAAGAGCAGUAUCACGGAUGCUUGUUUGUCAGUGGUGGCUCAGACCUUCAUGGACUCGUGCUCAACGUCAGAACACCGUCUAGGCAAAGACUCGCCAUCCAAUAAGCUGCUUUAUGCUAAAGACAUCCCCAAUUAUAAGAGCUGGGUCGAGAGGUACUACAGAGACAUCAGCAAGAUGCCGAGUAUCAGCGAUCAAGACAUGGACGCCUAUCUGGUGGAACAGUCCCGUCUCCAUGGCAGCGAGUUCAACACACUGAGUGCGCUCAAUGAGCUCUAUUUUUACAUCAACAAGUACAAAGAGGAGAUCUUGACGGCACUGGACAGAGACGGGUACUGCCGCAAACACAAACUGAGACACAAACUGGAACAAGCCAUUAACCUGAUGUCUGGCAGCAGCUGAUGGAGCAGGAGGAGAGGAAG